AUGGCUCCCGGCGGCGCUGACCGCAAAGCAGAAAAGUCCUACCUCUCCUCCGCGGUCGACUCCAUCAAUCCAUGGUCUGGCAGUCGAAGCUCGACACCCACCCCAAAGGAUCCUCCUCCGCAGCCUGUCCCUCCACCAACCGCUCGUCCAGGCGAUCACAGUAUCACCCACUUAUACGGCCAGAGCAUCAAGAGCUACCCCGCUGAUUGCCCUCCUCUCAACGUUCUGUGGUAUCAUGCUACUGAUGUGCCCAAGCGCAAGCCGCAUUUCCUCCGAGAUAAAGCGAAGCCGACGGACGAUGCCAAGCCCCCGCCUCAGCCGAAGAAGUUUCUCCCCUUCGAAAAGGGCGAUUCUAGGGCUAUAGAGGUGGCAUAUCAACGCUUGUUGGAGGAUUCCGAGAAGCGAAGAGUUGACCGAUCACUGCGCAAUGUUUCCGCGGGCUCUCGACGCGGUCGUAGGGACACCGACGACGAUGGUACGCAGAGCAGUCUGGAGACGAGCCCUGAGGGCGUCCAGACACCGAAGACGCACGUUCCGGUGAAUGAGGAUUACCUUUUUGACGUCGACAUUGAGAAACGAGAACUGGCGCCUGUUUACUGGCUUGGACCUGUCUACGAGGUCCGUCGUGGAACAUGGUUCUACGACGAAGGAUCCUCUUUAAGGCCAUGUGAGGAAAACCUAGCAUCUCAACUCGAGGAAGGGUAUCUGAAGGUCAAGCCCUGGCAAUAUCCGAAGCCCCGGAUCCGCAGCGACUCCAAGAACAAAGAUGUCACGCCCAAGGCAUCAGCUGAUAACCUGCGAGCUGCUGCAUCAAAUGCCGCCGCUGCAGAAAGCAACAACAAGCCUCAAACACCGCAGAACCAGCAUCAGCCAUCAUCUCACAGAUUAUUCGGCGCGUGGAUGAACAGUAUUGCGACGUAUCAAGAUUCUACUACAGCCUGGUUGACCUCUGACAGCAUGUUGUCUUGGGUGACUUCCACCAUGUACGAACGAUUCUCUGGGGGCGGUUAUAUGAGCGGAGUCAAGCUUGUGAGGGGCUACUCUGAUGUGGCCAAGAACAAGAAGGAGAAGCAGCCAGCGACACCGACAGAGGCAAGUUCCAGUGCGCAGCAAGACGAGAAAGAGCAAAGGAAGUUGAAAAGGAGAUCCGCGCCACCAACUUCACGACCCUCGCAAUCCAAUGAUGACAUUUCGCGAAUUGAAGAUGAAGAUGAGAGGGGAAACAGUUUACAAAGGCAGAUAUCCUCAUUGAUGGAGGGCGCUGAACACCGUAAUCAAGAAGAACAAGAAGAGGAAAUCAGGAAACGUGAGGAGAAAGAAAUCGAGAACGACUAUAAUGGCCAGUUUGGCGAAACCCAAGGACGAGACAUCGAACACUUGGUGCUCGUAACUCAUGGAAUCGGCCAGCUUCUCGGCAUCCGAAUGGAGAGUGUGAAUUUUGUUCAUGAUGUCAACAUCUUGCGCAAGAACAUCAAGACGGUAUAUUCCAGUUCGGCAGACCUCCGAGCUUUGAACUCUGAGCUGGAGGAUGGUCCGAGGAACUGCAGGGUACAAGUUUUGCCUGUUUGUUGGAGACACCUUCUGGACUUUCCCAGGAAGAGAGAAAAGAAGAACGAAAGAGACAUCGGAGACGGUGCUAUAGACGAAGACGAAUACCCAUCUCUCGAAGACAUCACCAUUGAAGGCGUGGCCUUUGCCAGAUCCUUGAUCUCCGACCUGGCGCUUGACGUCCUUCUCUACCAGAGCGCAUAUCGCGAACAGAUCGCCGAAAUUGUGUUGAAGGAGUCGAACCGGAUCUUCAAACUCUUCUUGGCAAGGAACCCCGAAUUUAAGGGAAAAGUCCAUGUUAUUGGGCACUCUCUCGGCUCUGCCAUCAUGUUCGAUAUCCUUUGCCGCCAGAAGGAGAAGGCGAAGGCUCCCGAGACCCCAAGAAACGCCCUUCGUUUCUGGCCCGCCCAGGAGAAGGCCGAGAGCGCAAAGGAUCGCGAAGCAAACGAGCUGAAGUUUGACUUUGACGUUGAGGACUUUUACUGUCUAGGAUCGCCAGUAGGGCUGUUCCAAAUGCUCAAGGGCCGUACCAUAUCAGCACGCCAUCUCCCUCAUGCGCUGCCGUCGGAGAGCCCUCUGAACCCUGACCUGAUGGACGAUCCGUUCAUCACUGCAGCUCCGACGUCCCCAACGCAGCGCGUGUCGGCCAUCACAGGCCUUCCAUAUUCCGUCUCUUCACCAAAAGUGUCCCAACUCUUCAACGUUUUCCAUCCUUCCGACCCUAUCAGUUACCGUCUCGAGCCUCUCAUAUCCCCAGCUAUGUCGACACUGAAGCCUCAGGUCCUGCCGUAUACCAAGAAGGGCAUUUUUGGCAACGUGGCGCAGCAAGGCCUCACCGGCAUUGGUAUGAAGGUAGGCCAAAGUGUCAGUGGUCUCUGGUCCAGCUUGAGCGCAGGAAUUGCGAGCAACAUCCUCAACAGGAGUCUUGGCCUGACCAAUGAGGAUGUGGCUAAGAUGAACUCGGCGUCCACGCAACCGCAAUCGCAAGUGUCAGGAGCCGGAACGAACAUUGCAGAUAGCGGUGUGAUAUCCGACGCAUCGAAACUUGGAGAGAAGACGAAUGAACGCAAGAAGCAGCUUGCAGAUUCCCAGUCUAUGCUGGGUCGUACCAGUAUCAGCGGCAACGAAAUGACGCUUAUCGACGAUGAGCUGGAGACGCUCUUUUCCAAGUUUCAGGAGAAACGCGUGGACUUGGCCAAGACUAACGACGACGGCGGUGCGGAUGAAUGGAUAGAGGCAGAGCGUAAGGCGCAGAAGCUGCGACGGGAGGAGAUGAAGGUGCGGGCUCUCAACCGUAACGGACGGGUCGACUACAGCAUUCAAGAGAGCGUGCUCGACUUCAACCCCAUGAACACAAUCGCGUCGCACAUGAGUUACUGGUCGGACGAGGACGUCAGUCACUUCAUCUUAUCGCAACUCCUCUCCAACCGAUCGCGGGCAGACCGCAAAUAG